AUGUCUGUCUAUUCAACGGACUAUGAUGUAGAUAAUCCAUUUGAUAAUCCUCCAUCAGAUGAAGAGAGUGAAAGUGAAUUAGUUGAAUUACAAGCUGAUGGUUUAGCCGAUUAUGUUCAUCAUUUGGACACUGAACAAAAUGAACUAGUACAACAAGAAGAACAAGAAAUAGUUCGAUUAUGGAAAGCACGAAACAACGUAUUAACUCAAUUAGAAUAUACGGCACCACAAAAAUCAUCACGUAUUGAUGAUAAUCGAUCGAUCUCUGAAGCCGAAUGUCAUUUUGAUGAAACUGCAUCAAUUAUAUCACAACGGACAAAUUAUUCAGAACCGAUUCAUAAAUAUUCAUCGAAAGGUUCACCGUUUACUUUCUCUACACGCUUACGCAAUAAACAAUUAGAUACAACGCCAACAUCUCCAUUUGUUAAUCGAAAUGUUAAAAAUCGUAAUGGUUGUUCCUCAUCUAUUGCAUCUCAUGAUCCAUAUGAUGAUCAAAGUUCUGGAGUAGGUAGUUUAGUAUUAAGUCCUGUACAAAGUCCCGUUAUGUGGCGUUCGGAAAAAGUUCUCGGUCGAGGUCUCUGUUCAUCAGCAAUCGAUUAUAAUCAUAUGAAUAUUAGCGAAACACGUCUAGUUAAACCCUAUAAUCGUACUCAUACUUGUUCAGAAAGUGAUGUUUUUAAAGAUAUUCAUAAACCGACAGAGAAUGGCUUUUUUGCAAAUAUUCGUGCACGCAUGGGAGCAGACGCUGCUGCAAUUAAUUCAAAUGAUAGCCCAACAAGUUUUGAUGAUCAAUAUAUUAAUGUACCAAUAUUAUUUAAUACGAAAAAAAGUCAUUUUGAUUACGAUGAAGAAUUUAAUUAUCAUCAAACAUAUAUUUUACCAAAAUUAAUUCAAGAAGAAAAAGAACGACAGAAACAAGAAACAACAAUUGAUUUUUCAUUUAAAAUUGGUUUAGAUGAACCCGCUAAUAAUGCAACUAAUGAUGGAAAUGCUGUUGAGGAUGAACCGUAUCUCUCAAUUAUUGUUGAUAAUAAUGUCAAUGGAUUAAAACGGGUUUGUGCAAUUUUCGAUCAACAUCAACUUGUUUACGAUCGAGAAAAUAUUUUACAUGAUCAAUGGUACUAUGGUCUUAUAUCAUAUACGUUUCUUCUUAAACAAUCAGUUAAAAUAGUCAAUUCAUCAGUAAUGAAAUUAUUACAACAACAAUUAAAGCAUAGUGACACAUUUUGGCUUUCAAAUGGUUUAAAGAAGCGGCCAAUAUUUAAUGAUCCUUCAUUUAAUAUUGAAGAAACACCAUCACGUAUCACAAACGGCGAAACAACAACAGGAGGACCUGCUGCUGAAACUGAAUCAUCUAUGAUUCCAGCAGCACGUCUAAGUAAAUUUCGUCAACUAGCUCGAUGCUUUUUUCAUAUUAAUUGUCAGAUGGAAUGGUCAUCAGGUGCAUUAAUAGCAAUGAAUCUAUUUUCGCCCUAUGAAAAACUAUGUAAACAACCAUAUGAAAAAUGGCACUUACGUUUUUGUGAAGAUUUUGUUGACUUUGUUUAUCAAACCAAAGAAAAAUCAAAUCCAAAAUAUGAAUAUAUUAAACGAUUGCAAGCAAAUUUUAUUGAUAAAAGUGUUAUUAUAACAACAAAUAGUGAAGGUUUUGUUCUAUAUAUUCAAAUGAAGGGAAAUGUUGCUGAACUCAUUAACGUUGAACCAUGGUGGGUAGGACGAAAACUUCGUGAAGAAAAUAAACCUGUAAUGUCGCCACGACAAGCUAUUCAACGUCAAGCCAACACCAAUAAGCCACACCCACUUUGUUCGACGAUUCGCAUAUCUAUAAAAGUAUCGCGCAUGAAAGAUAGCUCACAACGAAACAAAGAUCCUCGAUUUAGAAAUCAAACAAUUGAAGAAUACGAUUUUCGUAUGGAUUGUAUUCUAAUUAAUAAUAUUCGUGUAGCAUUUCGUGAAUUUCUUGCUUUCUUCUAUCGUCAUCGGAUACAAAUAUGUUUUGCCGGUUCAAUAAGUGACUUGGCAUUUCAGUUAAUAUCGCCACGUAUUGAACGACCUAUAUUUAAUUCAUUUAUAAAAAAUUAUUCGUGGCAAAUGUUAUUGUCCAUUGGACAUCGCUUUCAACAACAAGUUACACAAAAAAUUGUCGAUUAUUUUAAGAAUAUUGAAAUAGACGAUGAAUUUUAUCAGAUAGCAAUUUAUAUUUGGCGUCGAGCAAAAGAAUAUCAUUUUCUUAAUGCAUAUGAUGAACUUAUGAAAUAUUCUGCAAGUUCACAAGAAAAUGGCCAUGAGCGACGAGCAGCAACGUCGUCUGGUUCAUCACUGAUACAUCCAUCGAGAAAUAUGGCCUAUGCGCCAUCAGUAACCAUAACACCAACAUGUGUUUUAGUUAAACCAUUGAAAUUAGCUAAAACAAAUCGAAUUAUACGUGAAUCGAAAUUUGGUGGCCCUUUCAAUUUUUGUCUAGUUGAAAUACGAGAAGAAACUGGUGAAACACUACAAACAAAUUAUUUUAGUUCUCUGCGUUGGAAAAUUGAUAAUUAUUUAUGUGAUGGUUUUAAAUUAACAAAUGAUCGAAUUUAUAAACAUCUUCAUCAUUCUCAAUCACAGUUGAAAGAUAAACAAUAUUGGUUUUAUUGGCAUGAUGCCAAAAAUAAAACGAAUAUAUCGUUUGACGAUGCCUAUGAGUGGAUGGGUGAUUUUACAAAUGAACGUGUUGUUGCUAAACAUUCAGCACGUAUUGCUCAAUGUUUUACAAGCUCCGAAGCAACAAUACGAGUUCCAACGGAAAAAACAGAAAUCAUUGAUGAUAUCGAACGAAAUGGUUAUAUAUUUACGGAUGGUGUUGGAACAUUUUCAUCAAGACUUCGAGAUGAAAUUUGUGAUUUAAUGGGUAUUCGACGUAAAUUUAGUGUUAUGCAAAUUCGCUAUGGAGGAUGUAAAGGAACUGUAUCUGUCAAUCCUGAUUUGGAUUAUACUGAAAAACAAUUAAUUUUAAGGAAAUCUAUGCAUAAAUUUAUUUCAACACAUGAUAUCCUUGAAUUAUGUAAAAUAUCAGCACCACGUCCUAUUCAUUUGAAUCGUCAAGUCAUAGCCUUACUUGAAUCUCGUCACAUUUCACAUGCAACAUUUAUUCUUUUUCAAAAUCAACAUAUAUUAUGGCUUGUUGAAUCAUUACUUUAUUUACCAUCAACGUUUGAACUACUCAAUGAACGUCUUCCACAACAUCUGAAAUUGCGUAAUCUUAUACUUACUGCGCAUAUUGAUCUAAUUCAUGAACCAUUUUUUCGACAAUUAAUUACAACUAUUUGUAAACACGAAAUCAAACGUAUUCAAGAUAAAACACGUAUACAAAUGUCAAAAAAUUCAGGUCGAAAUAUGUUCGGUAUUGUCGACGAAACUGGUAUACUUCAAUAUGGUCAAGUAUUUUGUCAAUAUACGGAACUGCAUACUGAAAACUUAGAAGACUUAUCGAAAGGCUACAGUAACCGUGGUCGAGGAGAAGUUAAAAUAGUUGUUGUUGGUAAAAUCGUUGUUACGAAAAAUCCAUGUCAUCAUCCCGGUGAUCUGAGAACAUUUGAAGCUGUUGAUGUACCAAAAUUAAGACAUCUUGUUGAUUGUAUAGUCUUUCCACAACAAGGUGAACGACCACAUCCAAAUGAAAUAUCAGGAUCUGAUUUAGAUGGCGAUGAAUAUGCUGUUUAUUGGCAUCCUGAUUUAAUACCAACAACAGAAAAUUUUCCACCCUACGAAUAUGACUCACAAGAAAAGCCGAAGAAACUUGAUCGACCAGUAACCCGCCAAGAUAUUCGUCAAAUUGUUCUUGAAAUAUCCGAACAAGAUGCCCUUGGUCGUCUAUCUAAUCUUCAUUUAGCAUUUACCGAUAAAUUUAAUAUUCGUCAUCAAGAUGCUUUGACAUUAGCAGCUGCCAUUGCUGAAGAAGUCGAUGCAGCUAAAACAGGAAGACAUCCAUUAACCGACAAUGAAAUAUCUGAAUUGGCUCGUAAACUUCAUAAUGAACGAGCCGAUUUCUUUAAUCGUCCCAAACAAUUUGAUCUCUAUGCAUCAUCGAAUGCAAUUGGUAUACUGUUUCGUUCAAUACGUCGUUCGGAACCUGGUUGGCUUAAAAUAAAUCGUUGUUUACAUACAAAAACAACUAUUGGUCUUAUUCAAUCAUCACAUAUUAGUGCGCAUGUUCAAAUCGAUCCAUUCUUAAUUCAUCCAUUAGCGAAUUCCUAUCGUGAGCAAGCUGAAAAACUAUUUAAACUUUACCACGAUCAAAUGAGUGAUAUCAUGUAUGUAUAUCAUUUCCAUUCGGAAGUUGAUCUUAUGUGUAAAUUUGAUUCUCAACAACAAACGAUGUCAAAACAAUUCGAUAUAGCAGAUUCAGCACAACUUGAAUUAACUCGUUUAAUGAACCGUAUAACAAAUUUACUUGAUGAUUAUCCAUUAAAAACGUAUCAUCCAUUAAAAUGUUUUUGUGAACAAUGUGAUGAUCAUCGGAUGGCACGUGCAUCAGCGUGUUAUAUCGUUACCUAUGAACAACCAUAUACGAAAAAAAUUCUUUCAUUUGCAUGGUUAUUCUCGUCGUGGUUAGUUAAGUUAAGACGUGCGAAUUUAGAAAAGCAAAAUAUAACAUCUUUACCAUCGAAUUAUUCUCUUGUUGGUCAGGCAUUGUAUCGUUCAUUUUUAUUAUUGAUUGAAAAUGAAUCAAUGCGUUUUGUUGUUGAUUUUAAUUCAAGACUAGAUAAAGAUUUAUGUUUACUUCAACUUAAUUUUGAUCAUCGAAUGAAAAAAUCGAUUUAUGCUUGCGUUCAUCUAAUGGAAUGGGCUAUGCUAGAAGUAACAACAGGAUGGUUGGAUAGACAAGAUAUAUUUUCAACACGAAAACAUGUAUCAAAAACGGCUAUGCGACCCGUUAUACAUGUUCGUCCAUGGAAACAUAUUGCAACUCAAUUUAUAUUUGCAAAAUAUAAACCAAAAACUUGUUCACGACUUUUUCUAUUGCAAAAUAAAUUCAUAUCUAAACAUCAAUUAACAGUAACCAAUGAUAAAGGAACAACAGUGAAUUUAACAUUACCUAAAUUUGCUUCUUCACCGUCUGCUUCAUCGUUCCCACCGGUUUCCGAUUGGUGGUCGGACGAAAUGGCUUGCAAACUUUAUAAAUUAUUCUUACGUUUAACAGCACAAUGUUCUCGAACUCAUGUCUUAAGUGAUUCAUCAGAACGAAUGGAUUUGGCUCAUCUUAAUGAAUAUUUAACACUUGGAUUACUUUCUAUUGCUGCCGAAAAUGAAUUUAGCAAUGUGACAUGGCAGUAA